ACUCGCAAAAUGGCACGUACCAAGCAGACUGCACGUAAGUCUACCGGAGGCAAGGCCCCCCGCAAGCAGUUGGCCACCAAGGCAGCACGUAAGUCUGCCCCUGCUACCGGAGGUGUCAAGAAGCCCCAUCGUUACAGGCCCGGAACUGUUGCCCUUCGUGAGAUCCGUCGUUACCAGAAGAGCACUGAGCUCCUGAUCCGCAAGCUGCCCUUCCAGCGCCUGGUCCGUGAGAUUGCCCAGGACUUCAAGACUGACCUCCGCUUCCAGUCCUCUGCUGUCAUGGCUCUGCAGGAAGCCUCCGAGGCUUACCUGGUCGGCCUCUUCGAGGACACCAACCUGUGCGCUAUCCAUGCUAAAAGAGUUACCAUCAUGCCUAAGGACAUCCAGCUUGCUCGCCGUAUCCGCGGAGAGCGCGCCUAAGGUUUUGAUUGCA